AUGUCUGAGUUCGAAUAUAACAAUUUACUGUUCCAAAUAAGCCAAAGACUCGACAACAUAAAUGCUGGCAAGCAAUUACUUGUUAUAUGCAGAGGAAAGUUGGCGGCUCGUAACGAAGAAAGUAUCCCUACCUUCUCGUUGUUUGAAGAAUUAGAAGAGAAAGGAUUUCUGAGUUUCGAUCGUCUAACGGUAUUGAAGGCCAUUUUAGAAGGCGUCGAGGAAUGGGCUCUUCUUGAAAAGGUUGAAAAGUUUGCGUGCAAAAGAAAGGAAUACAACAACUUGCUUGAGCAGAUUAUACGAGUCCUCGACGAGCUUAAUGAUCUGGAACGACUCAUCUCGAUUUGCAGAGGAAAUAUAACAGAAGAUAGAAGAGGAAGCAUCUACGAUGUUAGGUCAUUGUUCAAGGAGUUAGAAAGCAACGACUGUCUUGGAAUCGACUCCUUCGAAAUCGUGAAGGAGAUUUUGACCCAGACGGAAAAAACCGAUCUGCUUAAGGAAGUGGAAGAGUUUGAGCAACGACAAAGUCGUGAAAAUAAAUUUGAAAGGCGAAAAGGUAUUUCUCUAUACCCGUUAUGUUGCAAAUUUAAUUUCUUCCCCAUCGUAACAUUCACGUUUGUAUAAGAAUUUAAGGAUAGCCGUGUCUGCACAAAGCUGAUCGCCGUUUAACAUUGUCUAACUCUGAAUGUACGUUUGAUUUCAGCAAAAGCAGCUGCCAUAGCAUCGUCAGCUAUCGACAAACUUGCGGGAGGUAAGAUAUUUUAAAAAUUUAGUUUCGCUCCAUAUAUACUUUUCCCCGCUCUUAGACAGUCUNAGUUUCGAUCGUCUAACGGUAUUGAAGGCCAUUUUAGAAGGCGUCGAGGAAUGGGCUCUUCUUGAAAAGGUUGAAAAGUUUGCGUGCAAAAGAAAGGAAUACAACAACUUGCUUGAGCAGAUUAUACGAGUCCUCGACGAGCUUAAUGAUCUGGAACGACUCAUCUCGAUUUGCAGAGGAAAUAUAACAGAAGAUAGAAGAGGAAGCAUCUACGAUGUUAGGUCAUUGUUCAAGGAGUUAGAAAGCAACGACUGUCUUGGAAUCGACUCCUUCGAAAUCGUGAAGGAGAUUUUGACCCAGACGGAAAAAACCGAUCUGCUUAAGGAAGUGGAAGAGUUUGAGCAACGACAAAGUCGUGAAAAUAAAUUUGAAAGGCGAAAAGGUAUUUCUCUAUACCCGUUAUGUUGCAAAUUUAAUUUCUUCCCCAUCGUAACAUUCACGUUUGUAUAAGAAUUUAAGGAUAGCCGUGUCUGCACAAAGCUGAUCGCCGUUUAACAUUGUCUAACUCUGAAUGUACGUUUGAUUUCAGCAAAAGCAGCUGCCAUAGCAUCGUCAGCUAUCGACAAACUUGCGGGAGGUAAGAUAUUUUAAAAAUUUAGUUUCGCUCCAUAUAUACUUUUCCCCGCUCUUAGACAGUCUCUACCAACUUGGGGUUACUGGACAUCCUUUCAAUAAAGGCAUGCAAAACCUACAACAAGGUUUCACUCUCAAACGAUUUCCUAAGGGUUACUAGUAUAAGCAAUUAUAAGAUCCGAUUUAUAAGGCGGACUGAUCGAGUGGUCAAGAGAUCCGAGAGGUUGCUGUAACCUUGUUUUGCAGGUCUAAGUCAGAGAAGCAAAGUAUGUGCGUUCGACUGUACUACUGCAAGUGAGCUAGGCUAAAAGUGUGUUUAUAUAGCUAACACUGUCAUUGGACAUCUCUAAUAUUGAAAUCGUUCUAACACUACGCGCCACCUUUUUUGCUCAGUCUAAACGACGUACUAUUGCUUAAAAUUCCACCUUUAAAUCUCUCCUAUCAGUUAUUACACAAGGCAAUUACUUAAAAGAGAAAAGAAUCAUGUAAAAUAGAUUUAGAGAAAGAGUAUUGUUUUGUAUUGUAACACCCUCGAAAUUAGAUUAUCAUACCUGAUCAUUUCUCUCUCUCUUCUCCUCUAUGGGUAUUCCAAUAAAAAUAGAUUGAAUUAAUUGCAAGAUUGUCAGCACGUGGUGGCCCUUACUAUUCUCCUCUCCCCAGCUUCCCUGUGACGUAAAAAGAACUAUAGGAGGUCUCGGUGGAAGAGAGAUCGAGUGGUAACGGACCAAUUUCAUUAUAGUAAAAUUCAUACUUAUUCAUUGAUGAGCCAAGAAUGAAUUUAAUGUAUCGAAAUUGUUCUAUCGGAUAAUACGGUUGCCGUUCAACUUACGGUAUAACUAAAAAACACGGCGUGCCAUGACGUGAGAAUUGUUAAAGAGAGCUACCUCCUAACCUGAUCCUGAGAGAGCCGGCGACCACCCGCUAUCGAAGGGUACAAUUCCUAGUUAUGCCAGACGCUCGGGCAUACAAUUCUUGACACACUUAUUGCGUUAUUAAAAGGACUUUAGUAACAAAUUUAGUUGCACUUUCAAAGGUUAAUAAAAUAAACAAGCUAAAUGCAACCUCCCCCACCUCCCCCUCCAUGCCCUAUGUAAUGCAAUCCUGUACCUCCUUCCAGAUGGUUUGUGAGCGGCAAACGUUAGGCCCCGUUUAAAUGGAAAAAAGUUGUUCCGGGUAGAAGGGUCAUUCGCCUACCCGAGCUACCCUAGCAAAGCCAACUUUUCAUACAUUUCCUACGAAACGUGGCUAACAGUUUAUGUUAAAAACAAAAUCUUGGCUCGGCUAGGUGGGUGACCCGCGGGACAGACUUUCUCAAAGUAAACGGGGCCUAAAAUGUCAAGCAAGGAGGGGAACAAUUUGUUCUGUUUUGAAUGAAAGGUGUCGAAAAUGUUGUUUAGAUGAUAAAAAUAUUACAGCCUCACACAUCUAAACUCCCUCCCAUCUUGUCUUCCCCAGAAACCCCCCGCUUACUAUCCAAAACCCUGUAAGAGUUUUUUGUCAAUUUGUUCUUUAUAUUUUAGUUCUGAACAUAAAAACAGUGUUUAAAGUCGUGGCAGGAUACUUCAUGAUUGCUUCAAGCUUUGACUUGUUGAUUCGUAACUCUUCGUAUGAUCAGCUCAUCACCGCCGUUAAUACCUGUGUGCUACCUGCUGGUGCUAAUCUGAUUCAAAUGACCGAGGGGUGUGUGUGUCUAAAAGUCCAGGUAGAAAGUCUUCCAGCUCUUGAAACACUGUGGUGUUUAUACAAGGAUGGGACACUAAAAGCAAGCUUACAAGCCUUGUUGGUCACAGAUGAAAUAAAAGAACUUGCUAAUGGAGAACAUGUCGAAGUGGUGGUAACCAUUGACGAACAAGAGUACGAGAAAGUCCGCAACAAGUUGGCUAAUGAAUCACAAGGUAAAUACACACUUACGACGUAAGCAUGAAAGCGAGGCCUAAGAGCCACAUCGCAAUUAAAGAAAUCACAAAUCGUUUUUGUUUUCGCGGCCCAAUUAACUCUUUUUAAGGUUUGUAGGAAAUCUGAUGGCCCUUAGGCCUCGUUUUCAUGCUUACGUCGUAAGUGUGUAUACUGGUGGUGUCAUUCCCAGUAAACUAGAAAAAACAACCAUUAAACCAUUCUGUAUUUUAGCAUAUACAGAAUGGUACCGAAUUAGUAUGCAGGAAGACACUGACUAGGCACUUAAUUAGUAUAGAGGAAGACAGUAAUUAGUAUGCAGGAAGACUCUCAUUAGUAUGGAGGAAGACAGUUAUGCGUAUUAAUAAAGGGAAGACAGGGGAAGACACCAACGGGGCUUAAUUUCUAACAUAGUAGAGUACUUACUUACUAUGGAAGUUAUUUAUUCUGUGCGUCAGUUUAAAUUUCUCAUUUUUAAACUUCACGAUGGGAUUUCAUUCAUUGCUCCAUAUUUUCAUGUUUUUUUUUUCUUUCAUCGCCAUGCACCUUCCCUUUGGCUGUCUUGAACUUUUUUACCCCCGCUACAUUUCACUUUGCUUUCCGCCAUGUUUGUUUCGCGUCCCUCCAAACGUCCCCAGCGGCGAGGAGCGAGGAGAAACGGCUGUUUUCGCAGUUUCAAUUCACCCAAUAUUUGCUUCAAGUUGCGCUUCGUUGAUACGGCUGCUGUACCUAGGUUUACCUUUGCCCACUGAAAAAAUAUUGUUGAAAGAUAAAACGGCGAACUAAACCGGCGAACCGUGAAGCUGGCAAAAAGACCACUAAAACAAGCAAGAACAUUUACUGCUAAAAGCAAGCACUCUUAAAAUUUUAGGCGCAAAUUCCCUUUUCGUUGUCACUUUAUUUGGGUAUCUUUUUGUCUAUCCUUCUUUUUCCUUAACGUUCAUUUACAUUCAUUUGCACUAACAUUUAGUUUAAUUUUAUCGUAUGUAAGGUCCUGUUGUGCAGAGGGAGGAGUGGCAAGAGAAAGUUGCUUACAUUCAGAGUUAUUUAGCACAAACCAAGGAUAUCGAUACACAAAGCUUCACAACAGAAACAAGCGACAGUGGAAUAUCGAGAUCACAAGAAGCUCCAUCUGAACUUCAUGAAGGAACUGAAGAACUCAGCGGUAAUAAGACUGACUAUCGACUAUAGGAUAAACUUCAUAGUUUGUUCAUUUAAGGGUGGCAACGGUCUGAACCGUCAAACGGUUUUAAGUAACGUUUAAUCUUCAACCUUCAAAAAUCCGUACUUUGUAGUGUGAACCAACGAAAGAUCAAAGUAAUUGCUUUUAGACGAAAGCACACAAGUCUGAGUCUGAGAUUUCCAGUGUCCAAAUCUAAUUUUUAAGGACCUCUUUAGAAAAGCAUUGACUCGGUGAUUUCUAUUUUUAUUUCAUCUGCUCAAAGGCGUUUAUUAACGACAGGGACAGGGCCUUAGAAAGACUCCACCUUAUUUUUCAGUUGUUAAAUUAAGUCGUUAAAUUCAAUUGACUGAAACGUUGACGUUUCGAGAGCUAGUCCUCUGUGAGAGCGAGUUGGGUAUUGAUUUGUAAAAAUCUCCGGGGCCACCUGGGGUUAAAAAUUUACUGUGUUAAAUGUAUUGUUUCCUCUUUGGCAGUAGCUUCACUGGAAAAAUCACUAAAUUAUAUUUUUGUAGUUCUAAAUUUUUCUAUCUGAUUUUUUUUCGUAUAGAUUCUACUUCCAAUCUUUGCUUAAAAGAUCUAAGUAAAGCGGUGACAGCAGAAAUAACAUUCAGACUCCAAAUUGACCACACUGCAUUGGAGCAGUUUUGUCGGUUGGUUGGGCUUGAUCGUACAAAAUUGUAUUCCAGCAGAGAGAGACGGCAAGAAAUUAUCGAAUUGUUCCCAGACACACCAGUCACGCUGUUAAGAGACGUUUUCAAGAAGUUGGAGUUAUACGAUCUCGUAGAGUUGCUGGAGAAAGUAAGACCAAGCAAACUCCGUGUCCUUCCUGCUAAAGAAAUGGACAAGUUACUAAAUGCCAAUAAACGCCCAACAAAGUUCUUUAGCAAAGCAGAGGUUUUGGUUAUGGAGUACUUUAACAUAGCAGCUGAAGACAAAACGUACGUUGAAAGAAUUGAAUCUUUUUUCAAAGAUCUAAAUUCAAAGAGCCAAGUAACUAAAAUAUCCGCAGAGGCUACUUUCAAAAAAUGUUAUGAAGACCAAGUACAGUUGUCGAAAAAGAUAGGACUGGAAUUCGCCAAUAUCCAAAAAGCAGGGGAAGAAGAAACGAUGUUGAAAGAGUUGCUGAGAGAAAAGGUUCCAGAUAGUCGGUUAACAAGAGGAAGAAAUAAAACUCCCACUACUGACUCAAAUCAUGAGCAGCAACUGCUGAGCACAUUUAAAACGUACGAAGAGGAACCAGCAAUGAAAAAAAGGCUACACGAGUUGGUAGCGGAAAGAGAGCAGAGAAAACUAAAAAGAGAGAAGCUGGAGAACGAUUUCAAGCGGAAGCAGGAAGAACUUCAAGAAGAACUAGAAAGAGAGAAAAAGAAAUUCCAAAUGACGUUUUCAACUGUUGUGGACAAAUGGAUUCGCGAAACGAAUGAUGAAGGUUUGUUUUGAUAAUUUUGACUUGCAAGUUUCUUGCGAUUCUUUAUCUAUUGUCCAGGUGAUGGAUCGUUUUAUGAAAAAACGAGCGGCUCUACUUUAUGUCCGAUGAAAGCUACCGCCUUGUCAUAUAUGACCUCUGCCGCCUGCAGCCUUGUCAUUAAGAGUCUGAAUAGCCGGAAAAUGGGGGUUCGCACAAUCCACGGAUUAGCCCAAAUGGUUUGAUUGAACAUGUACAAAACGCACCUUGAUACCAUGAGCAAUACCUGGUAGUUAAGGGGGAGCAAGGGAUGACAGUAUUGGUGAGAGCACUCGCCUCCCCUAGACCAGUGUGGCUCUGGUUCAAAUCCAGGCGUCAACAACAUAUAUGGUUGGAGCUUUGUUGGCUCUUCAGUUUCCUUUGCUCUGGGAGGUUUUUCUCUGGGUACUCCGAUUAGCCCUCCCCUCAAAAACCAACAUUUCCAAAUUCCAGUUCGACCAGGUAUGGUAGACGAAGAAUCGCUAUGUGGUUGUGCCACCUCUCUCUAAAUCGUUAUUGUGGUGUAGGUCAGUUUUAGUAAGGGGAUCGAAGGUUUUUAUCUAGGUUCCUUCAGGCUUCGGCGGAUCACACCUCCUUGAUGCACUGGAUUCGUUGCUCAUAUCAACAGCUUCAUCCAAAAAAUGUUAAAUUUCAGUCAAUAUUAAAGCCUCUUGGAUUUUGUUUCAGGUGAGACUGUUGAACCAUAGUAGUACAUGAAACUGGUUAUAAAAGGCGGCAAAGAUAAAAACAACGGUGCUGCAGUUUGUGUAGGUAGCUCCCUGACCGUGCAAAAUCGUUUGCGUUUUGCUCACAAAUUGUGACGGAAUUAAUUAGUGUGACGUUUUUAGUGGUCUGUAAGGUCAAGAUGACACGAAUGCUAUAAAAUGUUGUGCACCUUAAAGUCCCGAUAAAACAUCAUUACAAAAGAGUCUAAGGGCCGGCUUAAGAACUCUACUCGUCAAGGAGCUGGACUCCAAAAAAUGCUGUUUUGCGCUACCCACCCAACCGAAAAGGUCUGACAUCAGAUUUGUAAAGAAGACAAACCGCUCUUUCAAGUUAGGUACUAUCUAGUUCCAAAGUAUGGUACCUCUAACUAGAUACGGAGAGGGGGUGAUAAAAAAGAGGCUCAGUCAGUAUUUGCUUUAGAACUUUAACGUUAGGCAUUAAAAUACUUCUAAAACUACCUAAAAGUCAUAAGCAAGUCUAUAUCUACAAUUUGAGUGGUAACAUGGUUGCAAAUUUUGUCACGUGACUCCACACGUGACCUUUUUGUGUAAAAAAACCCAACCUAUUUCCCAAUUCUGGUCCAUAACGGAGCAUUUACGACUAAAAUAAUAUUUAAAGUCGUGUAACAUAAUGUAAAAUAAAGAUUUUGUCGAAUUAAGCCGAGAAAUUGACUUUGGAAAGAGAAACAAAGGCCAAAUAUUAUUUCAGUCGUAAAUGCACCGACAACAGGAAUUUAAAUGGGCCAGAAUUAGGAAAAUAGGUUGUUUUUUUUACACAAAUGGGUCACAUGUGAGGUCACGUGACAUAAUUUGCAACCAUGUUACCAGGACUUGCUUAUGACUUUUAGGUAGUUUUAGAAGUAUUUUAAUGCCGAGCAUCAUAUUUCAGGAAAACUCACCCUCUUUCUGGUUAGUGGUACCACAUUUCGGAACUAUAUAGUAUUUCCAAGUAUUAAGCUUCGAGCCAAAAGCACUGCAAACAUAUUUAUUAGUCUUUAAACGGCAUUCAGGGAAAUGGGCUAAUAAUGCGGUUAUUAAUUGGAAACUGAACGAAGAAAAACGCAUGAUUCGAUUUUUCUUUUUUUCCAGAUAGGGAAUCGACCCUUUUUGUUGUGAUUCAGCUGACUGAUAGAAACAGUCUCUUUAUUGCUGAUGAAUUUAUAAGGACCACACAGGAAUUUUGGGCAGAAAAAUUGGGUCUCAUUUCGAACACGAAGCUUGUGAUAACCGAUAUCUGGUGCCUGAGAGACUUUUACGAACAAAAAACGUCUCAGGAAACUCUUCGAGUGCUGAUCAAUGAGAGAGGGGCUCUAGCUACGAUGUUAGAGGUAUUAAACAAACGUUGGCAGACAUUAGAUCUCAUUUCAGUGUUUCGGGAAAUUAAGAGGACCUUG